AUGGACAAAUCUGACUCAGAGCUCCAAAAGCCUGACAGACCCAUGGAGGCCCCCAAGAGUAAUGCGGCAGUGUCCUCAGAGCCUGCAACGAGGACUCUGGGCUGCUCGGAAUCCAGGCAUCCUCACCUGGGGAAGGAGAGGGCCAACCAGGAGGAGAGCUGUGUUCCUCUCUCGCAGCUGACUCCAUACAUCUCCUGUUCCAUUUGCAAAGGCUACUUAAUAGACGCAGCAACCAUUACAGAAUGUCUUCAUUCCUUCUGUAAAAGCUGCAUCUUAAAACCUUUUGAUCAUAGCCACAGAUGUCCAAAAUGCAACAUUGUGGUGCAUUAAGCCAAACCUCAUCAUAACCUGAGGUUGGAUCGACACUUACAAAAAGUGUACAAAGGAGUGGCAGGCCUAGAGGAAAAAGAAAAGAAGCGAAGGCAUCAAUUCUCCAAAGAAAAUUCUUCAGAAACACCAAAGCCUGCUGCUGUUCCACAGCCAGGCCCUUCAAGCGAAGGAAACACUAAGGAAAUUGUGCAACUUGAUAUGUCUUUAGUCCUGGAGUCUAUGGCCAUUAGUGCAGACACUGAACAUUUUAAGCCACUGAAAAUGAAGUUUGUGCGAGUCUCAGGAAGUGCAACCACUGAACAUAUAGAAAAGUUUCUCAAAAGAAAAAUGGAGCUUGCUGCAGCUUUCCGGGUAGACAUCAUGUGUUAGUUUCUGAAGAACUUUCAAACUCUACAAAAAGUGCGUUGUGCAAUAGGGGAGGCUGGGCUGCAGGAUGGUCUGCUAGCCCUUUAUUACAGUGUCAUGCUUCCUCCUCCAAAUGGGACUUGCUAAGGGUAGUGUGAAGGGACAGAAAGUAAGAAGGCCUCUGCAAAACUGCAUCUUACUGAAGAGUUCUCCAAAACAUGGAAUCAUUAUUAUUUCUGACAUACCUGUAUCCCACAUCGGGAAAAACGGGAUACAAAACACUGACUUUUUAAAUUCCUUGGGAUUCCAAGAACUGUGAAGUUGAAGGUUGCAUCUCAUCUUUGAGAUAAGUUGUUGACAGUUUUUGGUUGAGCCUGUUCUCUUUCAAGUUGGUUGAGAUUCUGCUGUCUGCGAUGAUUUCCAGUGGUCGUCCUUUUGGAAAACAACAUACCAGAGGUUCAAGGCCAGUCUUCAUUAAAUUGCAGCGCACACUCACAAAGACCAUUUUUUGUGUGCUACUUUUGUAUGUUACCAUCAUAUUUUGAAGUUACCUGUUUUGUAACUGACUUCACUCCUGAAGACAUGUUAUUCAUUUCUAAAAGGUAGGAAUUACUAUAUUGUGGGAAGAUACUGUCUCCAGUAAGGUGUAUGACUGAAACCACAAACCUUCGGUGUAGUAAGACACCUUAACAUGCCUUAAGAGGUGUUCCUUGUGAUUUAUACAUAUAUACAUUUUACAUAUAUAUGUUACACACACACAUCAUAGUUGUCAUCUGUACUACUGGUGUAGUGACCUCACACAAGAUCCCCAUAGAAUGAUUGCUGAUACCUUGUGACGCCUUGUGAUGGUAAUGGUACCACUUCCAAAAUAGAAAAGUUCAGGUUAAAUUCAGACGUUUCUAGAGGACUUAUUGUUUCUUUAGCAAGUCACUUUUACUGGUUGAAUGUUUGCUGUUUUCCUAUUAUCUUGUCAUUGGGAUUAAAAAAUAAGGUUGUUUGUAGGCUCAGUUGAAUGUAGAGACUUCAAUUUUAAACACUUUUUUUUUUUUUAACCAAAAAAAUUCACAUCCUGAUGCUUUCUAAAAGGUAGCUUACAGACUCUGUUUCACAGAAGCAGCAUUUUAAAAUCUGUAUUGGAAACUUUAAAAAUUAGACAAAAAAUGGUAAUUGUAAAGAAUUUGUGACUUGCUGGACAUGGUGGCACAUGCCUGUAAUCUCAGAAUUUGGGAAAGGAGAGGGGAAGAUCACGAGCUCAAAGUCUCCUUCAGCUGUAUCGGGCUUCAGCACUAUUGGGAGAAGAUGAAAACUGAAAGAAGGGUGGGAGUAGGGACUGGAACAUUAGUGUAAACUUGAAAGUAGAUGGUGAUACCCCUGUUCUCUUCUUUUGGCCAUGAGUUCAACACUCUCUUUCAUGCUGUGCUGCCUUACCAUAGUCCCAAAUCAACAGGAACAAGCCACCAGUGGAUUGGAACUACGGAAACUGUGUUCAGUGCGAUGCAUCUCGAUUUGUACAGCACCCUGAUGUCUGCCUCCCUAUGGGACAGCUCACAAACACUUGGCUCACCAGAAGACCUCCAUAGCUGGACAUCCACUGUGCAGAUAGGCCACAAGAAGAACCUCUUAGUUACAGAGUGAACGACCCCAUGGAGCUUGGACAAUGAAGCCUGCCUAGUUGUUUUUGCUAUUUGGGUUUUUGUUUGUUUCACUCGUUUUGCCUUUGUCCCUGCUCACUUGUUGAGCAGCUGAGUGUAUAGUAUACAGGCCAAUGCCCUUAGCCUGUGGCUGAUGUCUGUUCUCUUAAAUUUAAAGCAGUGCAAACUAA